GCUGCCGUGCCGAGGCCGCCGUCGAAACGCAGUCGGGGCCGAACGCGCGAAGGCCCCUCACUGCUCCAGCAACAACCUCUCCAAGAUGAACAAGCUCGUUGCCAUCGUCGUCCUGGCUUCGCAGCUGGCCGUCCUGCUGCACCUCACGGCCGCCGCCUCCCACCACCGCGUCAGGAGGAUCGUCGGUGGACGGGCCGCCCAGCCGCCCCCUGUCGACGACCCCGUCGUGUUCGUCUACAAGGACGACCACGACGCGCGCGUCCUGGGCACCCGGGAGCGCCCCGGGGGCUUCUACGUGUACCGGGGCAUCCGCUACGCCGAGCCGCCCGUCGGCCUCUUCCGGUUCCAGCGCCCCCGCCCCCUGCGCCUGGAGGGCAUCGUCAACGCCACCACCGCGCCGCCGCCGUGCAUCCAGCCGCACCCGGACGAUCCCCUCAAGACCCUGGGCAGCGAGGACUGCCUCUACCUCAACAUCUACUCGUCUGAGCUCCCCAACGGCACGUCCGAUGGCCUCCCCGUCAUCGUGUGGAUCCACGGGGGCGGCUUCAGACGCGGUUCGGCCAACCAAUACGGCACGGGCCACCUGGUCGACAAGAAGGUGGUCGUGGUCACGCUCCAGUACCGCCUGGGCUCCUUGGGCUACAUGAGCACAUCGUCGCAGCAGCUGCCGGGCAACGUGGCCAUGUUCGACAUGGCGCUGGCCAUGAACUGGAUCAAGGAGUACAUCUCGUUCUUCGGCGGCAACCCCAAGAACGUCAACACCAUGGGCCAGGGCACGGGGGCGAGCAGCGCCAUGAUGAUGGGGCUGUCGCCCAUGACCCAGGACAACGUCAAGGGCAUCGUGGCCAUGAGCGGGUCGGCGCUGUCGCCCAACGCGGUGGACGCCGAGCCGCUGGACGCGACGGACGAGCUGGCCAUCCAGCUGGGCUGCCCGACCCAGCCGCACCUCGCCAUGGUGCGCUGCAUGCAGGAGGCGCCCGCCGACCAGAUCGUGUUCGCGGACGAGACCCUGCAGACCUUACGCCUGGCGUCCCAAGGCUUUGUCGGCGGACUCGGCGGUCUGCUGUCUCCCUCCCCCGUCGUAGAGGGCAAGGAGGACAGCCGCUUCCUGCCCAGCUUCCUGCCCGAGCAGCCCAAAGAGACGCUCGAGAAGGGCAACUUCCCCAACAUCUCGCUGCUGACGGGCGUGUGCAAGGACGAGACAGGCCGCGCCAUCAAGGGCGGCUUCCAGAAGGAGCUCGACAAGAACCUGAGGGCCGUGCCCGACUUCCUCAACAAGGUCCUGCUCAAGGACCUGGCUGGGAGGGCCGCCGGUGUCAUCAACAACGUGCAGAACUUGUUCGGGGGCCUGGCGUCGUCACCGCUCUUCCAGCAAGCGGAGAAGGCAGUGGGACCAAUCACCAAGAUCGUCGAGGCCACCACGGACGCCCUUUUCAACUUGCCCAUGUUCCAAGCGAGUCAGCUGUGGUCCAAGAAGGGCGGCAAGGCGAUGGUGUACAGCUUCGAGCACACAUCCCCGCGGGCGGCCCAGGCUGGGCAGAAGUUCCUGGGCGGGCUGCCCCUCAUACAGGCCGGACUCGACGCACCGGCUGCACUCAAUGAGACCUUCCACGGCGACGACCUGGCCUUCGUGUUCGACGCGCGGCCCCUGGAGGGGAUGAAGGGGGACGCGACCCGCGGCCAGGUGUCGCUCACGGAGCCCGAGGACAUGAAAGUGCGCGACAUCUUCACGAGCCUCAUCGCCGACUUCGCGCACAGCGGGCAAGAGGAGGGCAAUAAGAAGAAGGAGAAGCCCCGCUUCCCCUUGCCGCUGCCCAGCUUCGGCGGCAUCGGCGGCGGCGGCAAGCAGGAGAACAACUUCCUCGUCAUCGACCAGAACCCGCGCGUCGGCAAGAACUUCCGGGGCUGCCAGAUGGCCGUGUGGUCCGGGCUCUCCGGCCCCCAGCUGCCCACCGACUCGUGCGCCGACAUCCUCAAGAACGCGGUCGGCGCCGUGGCGGGGACGGCGGGCAAGAUCGCGGGCGGCCUGACUGGAGGGCUUGGCGGCGGCGGCCUGGGCGGCCUGGGUGGUGGCAGGCAGGGCGGCAAGCCGCAAGGGCCGGGAGGGCUCUUCGGCUAGGCAAGGGUGUUUGAGAGACACAAUAAAGAUGGGAAGAUCUGUUUAUUCCUA